CAACGAUUGAGAUAACUGUAAAUAACUAGGCGGUGUUCAGAUAAUACUCUAUCUGCAAGGCGAUGCAAGUUGAGCCGAAAAGAAAAGGAUUCUGGAUUUGAGAACACUCAUCGGAAUUCACCGACAGCAGCGGUUCAUAUCUGUAAAUAUGAAUCGCCCCAAAUAUGACUCCUCCAUGGCUGGGAUUGUCUCAGGCUCGCCGCUUCUGCCUCACGUCAAGCGGCUGGACAAAUGAGAGUAGCCGGGCUUCCUGGAGCAGGGCUUGCCCAAGGGUCUUGAUAUGAAAUAUCAGAUGUUCCUCUGGCUCUGUCUGCUCAGCCUGAGCCUCCCUCUGUUGUUUUGGGUUGGACACGUGAUCACACGGGACGGUCUGUCGCCCACUCUGCAAAGCAGCGGGCUCAGGGGCUAUAUGAGGAUCACCCCCGGCAGGAUGGACCAGUUCUUUUACAUGCACUGCAGCCAGUGUGCCUUGGUCUCCAGCUCAGGCCAGAUGCUCGGAGCUGGCGUUGGAGAGGAGAUAGACAAUGUCGGAUGCGUGAUCCGGAUGAACAAUGCACCCACACAGGGGUAUGAGAAAGACGUCGGGAACCGCACCAGUGUUCGGGUCGUCUCUCACACCAGUGUUCCCUUGUUGGUCAAAAAUGAGCGCUACUAUUUCCAGAAAUCCGCAGACACUACAUAUGUGUUCUGGGGUCCUGAGAGGAACAUGAGGCAAGAUGGGAAAGGACACAUCUUCAAUACUCUCCUGAAAAUAGCAGAGAAGUACCCAAAAGUCAGAAUCUACGCCGUGACCAGCGAGCAGAUCCAGUACUGCGAUGGUGUGUUUCAGAAUGAAACUGGAAAAAACAGAAUGAAGACGGGGGCGUUCCUCAGCACUGGAUUCUUCACAAUGAUUCUGGCUCUCGAUAUGUGUGACAGCGUCCGUGUUUAUGGAAUGAUCGACGAUAACUACUGCAGUCGAGCCAAUCACAGUGCGGUUCCUUACCAUUACUACGAGAGCAACCGGAUCGACGAGUGCAGGAUGUACAGGUUCCACGAGCACACGCAGCGCGGGGGCCAUCGCUUCAUCACUGAGAAGGCCAUCUACGCCAAAUGGGCAACGCGCCACAACGUGGAGUUUAAACACCCCUCUUGGAUCCUCUAAAGAAGGCUUCAAAAAUAAUGCUUUAAAUGUACCAGAUGGUCACAGGUGGUGAAAUACCACUGUCAGUAUUACUGGACACUUAUCGUUAUGUAUAGCCAUUUAUCAGGAUGAAUACUGAUGAUGCAUUCAGCCACUAAACUAAACUAAAAUCAGUUUAUACCAAAGGUUAAAAUUUUCUUUUCUUUUUAACCGUGGCGUGCCUUGAUUUUCUUUAGUUCUUGUGUUUUUGUUUUGCACAAUAAAACAUAUAAUUAACAAAAACUUGAGGGCCUGCAGCUACAAUAUUCAACCUUGUGUUGAAGGCUGCAACUAACAAUUACCAUUCACAAGUUGUCAGAAAGUAGUAUGACAAUGUAAAAAAAGGCCACUGCAGUAUCCCAUCAUUAUAUUUGAUGUAUUUCAAAUCCUUUUUUAGUUUAACAAUUCAUCCAAAACCUAAAGUUAUGAAAUGUACAGUCUUAGAAGACUAAGAAAACCAGCAAAUAAUCACAUUUAAGAAGCUGAAUCCAGAAUUUGUGCAUUUUUGAGUAAUCGUUAAACCAGUCAGUGUUGCAAUGCUUGAACUAGCCGCCGUAGUACGCUUCUAAUUUCAUCAAAACAUGUUAUGUUAACGCGAACAGUGUUGGGAUAUUCCCAUUGACGGCCAUUUAACUCAGAGAGGUCAUGCAGUUUGUCGUGGUGCUGCGUGUGGUGACGGAGCGCCGUGACACAUGUGAAUGAGGUGGCAUCCCACCACAGAGAAGACAGUAUUAAAUAUGACUUGCAGAGAGGUCGAUCCUCUGGUGUACGGCCCACGGCUUUAUCGGAGGCCAACAAAGCAGUAUUACAACAGAUGAGCGUGAUGAGGACACACACACACACACACACACGUGGUGUUUGGUGUCUUGUUUUAAACACAGAAUGGGUUAAUUGUCCUUUUUACAGUCGUGCUGCUUGUUUACAAUGAAAAAUAUCGCGCUGCCUUUUCGGUCGCUUAAUGCUCAUUUUGUGACGAAUUCCAAAGACUGUGAUAUUAUUUUUUGCACGACUGAGCAAACUACUGUGUCAAAGUGUUUCACUGAAAUUUUCAUUUUACAUCGGAAUUGUUUGAAUAAAAAAAAGACAACUUGUAAUUGAGGACUUUUUGGUAACCGUACAUUUUUGUUAUGAACUGUAUAAACUUGAAUGUAAAUUUGACCGCUGGUUUCUGCAGAUGUGCGUCAACGUGAAUAAAUCUUCUGACAGUC